AUGGGUUUUUCUAAGAAACAUCAAACUGAGGUAGGCGCAGAAUCAGAAGCCAAGAAAUGGGCCGUAGCCGGAAUUCAAAUUAGGGCGCCGUUAAAACAAAUAUCUACUAAGGCAGCGGAUUAUUACGAGGAUGAAGACAGCGCGUGUGCAACGACCCCUACAGCGCGUGAGUCAAGGAUAACCGGAAAAUUGAUCUGCCCGGCGGCGCCCAGGAAGCGCCGUCCGUCCUCAAAGUGCAAUUUCAACGGAGUUAGGGAGUUCUUUAAUCCUCCCGAUUUGGAAUCGGUGUUUAUAUGCCAUGCUGAGAGAGCAAAUUGA